AUGGAGAGGACACAAAUACCGGAAUACAAUUUGGUUGACCUAAUGUGGACACCCAAACACCUUAGACCUCCUAAACUUAGGUUGUUCCCCGCCACAGCAUAUACGAUUAAUGUAUGGGAUAAAUUCAUGCACGCACUAGAUUGCAAAACUGUCUUCCAUGCCCAAGCUCCACUAACAGCCCUAAAGGCCAUAUCCCCAAGCCUACCACUGACGAAGUGGAGCAAAGCAGGAAUUACCCAUAUUCACCAAAUCGUAAACAACAAAAAG